UCGAACGCGCCGUUGUAAUGGUGGACCCGGAAGUGAUUGUCUGCCUCUUGUGAUUACUAUGUAGAAUCUCAUUGUUUCCAUGCAAACAAAUGAGAACAGAUGUGCUGAGCGUUGUCUCAGACAUGACAGGAAGAUACCAACAUCCUCGAUACUCACCAAGAGCUUGCGACUCAUGCGCAUUUUGAAAGAAGAUUAGGAUACCACAACAUUCACGUGUCUUUUUGUUGGAAGUUCUGGAGUGUAUUGAGAGAGAUAUAUUGAACUGUUUAUUUGUCAGGGGCUUCUUAUUGAUUGCGAAGGAUCCUGCAAGGACAUGUAUUGUCAGCUUCUUUUCAGACAUUACUUCCUAGCUGAAGAUGAAGCAUUAAACAUAAGCAGUUUAUAUGCUACUCUAGAUAUAGAUCUACAUUGUAUAUGAAAGUGACAAUUUAAGCAUUUACCAGUUAUGAAAGUGUAAUUUUUGUGUCCAGUUUUAUACCAGACUUAAGUUACUACAUAUCUUCAACAAGUACAACAAAUGAUAUUGUAUGAUCUUCAGACCAUUCUGAAGUUUACAUGCACGAUGCAUAUAAUGACAAGAGGCAGUUUGCUUUCACCAAAUCUCAAACUAAGUCUGACUGAUAUAUUCAGACAUGUGUAAUGAAAAGAAUAAACACAUCAACCAUGAGAUUUCAGCCAAGGAGAUUGGUGCGAGUUUUGACUGCAGUUAUUGUGUUGUGGCUCGGUGUUACAUUGGUGCGGUAUCUAUGGCAGACCACAUCUUCGCUGUGGGAGGAAGAAGACAUAGAUCUGGGGCCCCUAGAGUCGGAUACGGAUAUCCCCCAGGCUUUCCUCAGAUCAUCAGAGGGAACCUCGACACCUGUGGUUGUCGUGGAGGAGCACUAUGAAGUGUUGAAGUACUGGUUUGCUGCAUCGGAGAGUGGGCUCGUGCCACAGACGGGAAACGUCCUGUUCCACAUCGACGGUCACAGUGACGGUGGUGUCCCACACCAACUCGAUGUGUUGCCUCUGUUCCGAGCCCCUGUCAACAUCCAGGAGGUCAAUAACAUGAUGCAAAGAAAUGAUGUAUUUAUUGUGGCUGCGGCCCUUGCUGGCCUCAUCGACCGCUACAUCUGGGUGUGGCCUCCGUGGGAUGAGCCGAAUCAUGAGUCUGAUCACGUGAUCAUGGACAUGCAGGUUGGGUACGUGCGCCCGUCCAUGUUGGACACCGACAAGCUGGAACUGUGCUACUGCAUGGAGAUGCGGGACGCGGACAUCAGCGAGUGUCGGAUGAGGAAUGUCUCAGACCCUGAAGGUGACGGAACACUGAUUGGUCGGUCAGGGUGUAAUCUGAACAAAUCAGGAACAGUGGAGGUCGUGAGUGAACAGAAAGCCAUUUCCUUGAUGCAGACGAGACAGUGGAUUAACUCCCAUCAUAGAGUUAUCCUUGACAUUGAUGAGGACUAUUAUGGCUGCCAGUCCGCUGGAGAAUCUGUGUACUCUACAGGAAUCAAGUCAAGUGUGCUCAACUCUAUAUCUCAUAUCAUGUGUGAGAUGUUCUGUGCCCGAAGUGUCCACCACGAGACGCUCAUCGACACAUUCUUCCACACCCUUGUGCAGCUCGUCCACAGGUUAAAGACAGACGCGGAGACGGUUCUCAAAGACAGCACAAAACACAAGAAAAACCUGGAGGUACAAAAAAUAGUGUUCACAAUCGUACCAGAAAUAUUUCAACAACUGAAUCAGGAUCCAGUCGGGGAAAUACUAUGUAACAACCCCACUGACAUGGUGAAUGAGUUGUUCUUACAAGGAAUUUUUCGCAAUAUAGUACACAUGAAUAUCCAACAGUUAGCAAGUCUAGCAGAGACAGGGGUCUGCCUUCAGUUGUCACCAAAAGCCUAUUUCUAUGACGUAGCGAGUAGCGUCCAUGUUUGUGAAGGAGCAAACUCACCCAACAGCUCAAUGGUUCUUUUUCAUACACCAACACCGUUCGAGGUUCAUGAAAGAACAAUUAAUUUAAAAAAGCUACUUAAUUCUAAAUCAAUCAAUCCCUCCUUGAUAACAGUGUGUCGGUCAGUGAGAGACGGGUACACACCACGUAAACUGUUCCCGCGUAUCGAGGCAGACAUCUUGAAGCUUCUCCAUCAUGUGUUCCCCGAUGUUCACUAUGUCUCCGUGUACCAUGACAAAGACCUGCUUGGUGGCGCCAGUGGCUGGCAUGACAGACACUUCCAUUUUGAAAGUACUUACGUAUAUAAGCUUCUUCAGAAGUAUCCCCUCACCAAAGAAAGCCCAUAUUUGUGAUAUCUGACAGAAGCAUUUCGAAGCUGUGGUAUCAGUGAAUACAGACUGGACAUGGAUUUCAGUUGCUAUUUUCUUUCAGUGCACUGAUGCUUUGUACAGAUGCUAGUAUCCAGUGUUUGAAAUAAUAGCUGCCCAUGGGCCAGCAGCAGGCUGAUCUUGCAGGAUGGCCGUAGUUUCAAGUUUGUAUGGGUCCUUAAGGCCUGCAGUAAAUGUACAUGUCAAUUUAUCUGUCAAAAUAAGCUGGUUUUUUUUAUGAGGGCAAGAAGAGUUAAGUUAGGGUUGGUUGGUUGGUUUGUUGUUUAACGCCACACUCAGCAAUAUUCCAGCUAUAUGACAGCGUUCUGUAAAUAAUCGAGUCUGG